AUGUUGAAGAAAAACGUGCCAGUGAUUAUUGCUACAGUGAUCUUGUGUAACAUUCGACAACUAUACGGCUCUAUUGACGGCACAGAUGCGAAUAUUUUGCCUGAAGAAUCAAAGAAUGUGUCUAGCUCAGAUAGAACUGGCAGGUCCUUGCACAAAGAGUGUAAUAGUAGUCUUAGUGCGAAGUGUUUGAAAAUUCACGUACUUUCCUUCUUAGAAGAUCUGAGCUCCCGAGACGAGCUUCAUCUUUUACCAGGACUUAGUAUCGUGAAAGAAAAUCAAACUAAUAUGACAAGUCCUGAAGAAAUGGCGGCGGAGCUAUCACGUCAGUUCCCUGGAAAGCCUGAUGAGAAGCUUAAUAGAUUUCUUUUGUACCGCUUGCAAAGUUAUUUAGAUGGCCAUUCUUUGAGGUAUAGGUUAUUGGAUUCCGAAACUUCUAAGGACGCAAUGAAUAUGGCUAAAGGUGACGCGGAGGCCAUGGGGAGGAAAAGUGGAGGUGGUUUUGGAGGAGGAAAGGGUGACAAGGGUGGUGGUACCGGUGCAUUGCUGGCAGCUGCUUUAAUGAUGAAAGGUACUCUAGCCGCUGCAGCUCUUGGAGCAUUAGCACUUCUCGCUGGAAAGGCCUUAAUGACUGCACUUAUGUCUCUCCUCUUAUCUGCCCUCGUCGGUCUCAAGGGUAGUGGUGGACAUAAAUCUACCACAUACGAAAUCAUCGCCAAACCUGAAGUAUCACACCAUCACUCCCACAGCCAUGAAGAGCACCAUGAGCAUGAACAUGGACACCAUGGAGGCUACAGGCGAGCGUACGACACUAACUAUAAUAAUAACUAUGAUAGUUACGCACCUUAUGAAACUACCACA